AUGGCCAAAUCUCGUGUUCUCCUCGUGGGCAGCGGAGGUAUCGGAACCGUUGCAGCGCUCAAUCUUGAGGCAGGGAACUGGGCAGAUGUGACCAGCGUUCUGCGAUCAAACCAUGCCGCCGUGCUGCAGAAGGGGUUCACCAUUGAGUCGUGCGACCAUGGCACCGUCACGAAUUGGCGGCCUACUCAGAGUAUCCCGGAUCCCUUCAUGCCCUGUCAUCCGUCGCCGCCGUUCGAUUAUAUCGUCUGCUGCACCAAGAACAUCCCCGACGUGCCCCCUUCGCUGUGCGAGCUGAUCGCUCCGGCCGUGACCCCGGGGCAGACGGUGAUCGUGCUGGUUCAGAACGGAAUCAACAUCGAACGACCGCUAACGACACAAUUCCCGAACAAUCUCGUGCUCUCUGGAGUCAGUCGGACAGACGCCCACGAGAUCGCCCCCGCCGUCAUUCACCAUAAACAAACGGAUUCUCUGGACGUCGGACCAUUUCCUCACCCUUCGAUCCCGGUCGCUCAGCAGGAACACGUCGCGAGGGAGUUCGUUCGCAUCUAUUCCGCCGGCGGCAAGACCAACUGUCGAUACGAUGCCAGCGUUGCGCUCAACCGAUGGCGAAAGCUCGUCUACAAUGCCUGUCUGAAUCCCAUCUGCGCCUUGACUGGCCUGGACACUGGGACGCUACAGCUCGAUGACCGGAGUAUGCAGACUCUGGUGAAGCCGGCCAUGCGCGAGGUCAUCCAGGUGGCUGCGGCCUUAGGCCAUCACCUUCCGGACGAUAUCAUCGAGACGACGAUCGCCAGCAACCCGGUGGAGCGGCGAAUCUCGCCCAGUAUGUUGGUGGAUUUACGGAAGGGCAAUCUCAUCGAGCACGAAAACCUUCUGGGCGAGGUGGUUCGCGAAGCUGACGCUAUCGGACUAAGUGUGCCUACGCUGACCCUGUUGUACAACUUGUGUUGCGCCGUGCAGCUGCGGACGAAGCAAUCCCGCGGUCCCAGUUCGGUAUAG